AUGAAGGAGGUGCUGGUGUGGGAGGGCUCCGACUCCAAGCUCUGCUUCGAGGAGGUCAGAGUAGAACGGCACUUCUGUAAGCUCCGGGAGAGGCAGGACAGGGAGAAGAGAGAGAUCAGAACGGCUUCCCUCAGAGUUGACAGCAUUCUCGGAGAAGGCGCCUUUGCAACGGUCUACCGGGCCACCGACCCAGUGACCUCCGAAAAGAUGAUCCUGAAGGUCCAGAAACCAGCCAAUCCCUGGGAGUUCUACAUCAACACCUGUCUGGAUGCCCGGCUGAAGCCCGCCCACCGUCACCUGUUCAGCAGCAUCCACUCGGCUCACCUGUUCCGCAACGGGAAUGUGCUCCUGGGAGAGCUUCACAACCUCGGAACGCUGCUGAACAUGGUGAACAUCUACAGAACCCUGAGUGAGCGGGUGGUCGCGCAGCCCCUCGUCCUCUACUUCGCCGUCUGCAUCCUGCACACGGUGGAGCAGCUGCACGCCGUGCACGUGGUCCACGCCGACAUCAAACCUGACAACUUCAUGCUCAGUCAGAGGUUCCUGGAGAACAAGUGUUUUGACCCUGAGAGCACGGAACACGGUCUGAUCCUCAACGACCUGGGACAGUGCAUCGACCUGCAGAUGUUCCCGAACGGAACCGCCUUCACCACCACCUGUCUCACAUCUGGGUUCCAGUGUACCGAGAUGCUGAGUGGGAAACCAUGGAGCUAUCAGACGGAUUACUUUGGGAUCGCCGGAAUGUUCUGUCUGCUGUUCGGGACCUACAUGCAGGUGUCCAACCAGGACGGAGUGUGGAGGACAAACGCAAUGUUCAGAAGGAACCCCCACAGCGAGCUGUGGCUGGAGUUCUUCCACACCCUGCUGAACAUUCCAGACUGCCGGUCCCUCCCGAGCCUGCGGAUGCUCCGCGGGAACUUGACCGACGUCCUGCAGAAGAACUACAACAACAAGCUUCUGCCUCUGAAGAGACGCCUGGUGGUCCUCCUGCUGGAGUCCCACAAGGCGUCUCGAAGGUGAUUCCUGAACUGGGGCCUCCUGAGGAACUCUCUGAACUUUUCUUUUAUCGGCUUUUAAAGUUAAUGUCUGUUAUGGCUCAGGGCCAUUUGGG